AUGAUUUUUUCUUCAGUUGGCUACUCAACGUGUCAUUGGUGUCAUGUUAUGGAGCAUGAGUCUUUUGAAGAUGUUGAAAUUGCCAAUAUUUUGAAUGAAAAUUUUGUUAGCGUUAAAGUCGAUAGAGAAGAGCGUCCAGAUGUUGAUAAACUUUAUAUGACUUUUGUUCAGAGUUUAACUGGUGGUGGCGGCUGGCCAAUGAGUGUUUUCCUUACGCCAGAGCUUGAACCUAUAUAUGGCGGCACCUAUUUUCCACCUCGCGACUCUUUUGGACGUCUUGGAUUUGCUUCUGUUUUAACAAUGAUUACCGAUAAAUGGAAGAUUAAUAAUGUUCAAAUGCGUAUUGAAGGGCGGCAAGUUGCUGAAUCACUACGUAGUGCUUUGGAACCUACAACAACAAUUAAUGAUGGACAAAAACAAAACUUUCCAAAUUCUGUUUCUGCUUUAAAUGCUAGUUUUGAAUGGCUCUCUAAACGGUUUGACUCCACUUUUGGUGGUUUUGGUACUGCCCCAAAAUUCCCUAAAACUGUUGAUUUGGACUUUUUACUAAAUUUCUAUGCAGUUAAAAAACCUUCAGUUGAAGCUGAUAAAGCAUUAAAUAUGUUAAAAUUAACUUUUGAAAAGAUGUUUGAGGGUGGAAUACACGAUCAUGUUGGAAAGGGUUUUCACCGAUAUUCUGUUGAUUCUAAAUGGCAUGUUCCACAUUUUGAAUUGGGAGGUUUCUACAGUGCCGAAGAUGCUGAUUCUUUACCUGAAGAAGGAUCUAAAAAGAAACGUGAAGGGGCCUUUUGUGUUUGGACAAAAACUGAAGUGGAAAGAGUUUUAGGUGAUAGACCUGCGAGGCAUAAUGAAAAUGUUUGUCUUGAUGAAAUUGUUUGUGCUGCUUUUGGUAUUCGAGAUGAAGGAAAUGUGCCGUCUUCUGCUGAUCCACAUGAUGAAUUGAAAUUACAAAAUAUUCUUCAUCUCGUUCCUCGUCCUCAACUGGAGGAAAUUUCAAAAGAACAUAAAAUGUCUCUCUCUGAACUUUGUGAAUGUAUUGAAGAUUCGAAACGUUUUCUAGCUGAAGAACGUGCUAAAAGGCCAAAGCCACAUUUAGAUAAUAAAUUGGUUACUGCUUGGAAUGCUCUAGCAAUUUCUGGAUUUUGUGCUGCUGCCACAAUUAUUGAUGAACAAAACAAAGAAUAUAGAGAACGGGCAGAAAAUGCUGUUAAAUUCAUAAAAGAACAUUUAUACAAAGAGGAAAGUGGUGAACUUUUACGUUCUGUUUAUGUUGAUGAAAGUGGAAAUAUUGUUCAGAGUUCCUCUCCAAUUUUGGCAUUUUCUGAUGACUAUGCCUUUUUAAUUGAGGCUCUAAUCGAUCUUUAUUCACUCAAUUUCGAUGAAAAUUUAUUAAAAUGGGCAGAACAAUUACAAAAUAAAAUGGAUAUACUCUUUUUUGAUUCAACAAAUAAUUCUGGUUAUUUUACCUCUCGUGCUGGGGACCAGUCAAUAUUUGCACGUAUUGUUGAUGAACAGGAUGGAGCUGAACCCUGUUCAACAUCUGUAGCUAUUUCUAAUCUUCUACGCCUUUCUUCUUUGCUUGAUUCUAAAGAAUUUAAACAACGUGCCGAAUCUGUGUUUCUCUCAACUACUUGGACAGAACGUUUAAAUAAAUUUCCUUUUGUUGUUCCUAAACUUUUACUUCCUUUAUAUUCACUGACUAAUCCACAAUUUCAGUUUAUCAUUGUGGGAGAUAUAAAUGAUUUGACAACUCAAAAAAUGCUGCAAACAAUUCAACAAAAAUAUUUACCGAUGGCUACAAUUAUAUUUCUUGAUGCUAACAAAAUUAAAAUAAAUGGAAAUAAUUCUUUUCUUUUACAAAAGAAUUCACAUUUAAAAGAUUAUAUUGAAAGUUAUAAAAGUGGAGGGCCUCCAACAAUAUUUUUAUGUCAAGCAGAAUCAUGUGAAAUGCCUCUAAAUUCUUUGGAAGAAUUACAAAAAAGAUUGGCUAAAUUAUAA